CUGAGCAUUAAUUGUACAUAUUUUUUCGCAGUGAUUGCGAUGACAAAUUUAAGUGAAAUCAAUGGAAGCCGGACAUUAAACUGCGUUGCAAGGCACUUGCCUCUCCCAGCAGGAACUGCGUGCGACGCCACUUUGAAUAAUUAUUGGCGCAGAGACGGAAAGUCAAUCAGUGGGAAUGCAGCGGGCAAUUUAAUACAAUUGCGGGCCAAGGCGCUUAUUCAAUUAAUUACUUGAAACAGUGCGUCAAAAAGCGCCCAAGUAAUGCAGAAAAAGCCGAGUAAUUAUUUUACACUUUGCUACCGCUGUCGCCCGGCGAUUUUCCACCAUUUUCCACCACGGACGCCACCCAUGGCUGCAGAGGCUGCAUUUUGAUGAAGUUUUUCCCCGACACGGGCAGUUGUACUCGCAGUUGGCCGGCCAGUCAGUCCAUCUGUCGCCUGUGCAUAAUAAAGUUUACUUUAAGUUUGUUAAAUCCAUGCCAGCCCCGUAAUGUGACCCAGUUUUCGGUCAGCAAACAUGAAGUUGGACCUUACGAUGAACGAUCGCUUUAACCAGCGGUUUCAGUCGGUUUAUAGUGGCCUGGUUCCUCAGAUUGCCCGGUUGGGGCCCUUCAACGACUCCGAGGUGACCUGCAUCCUGCUGAUCUACUACAAGUUCAGCCUCCAGAACGGACCCGCGGCACGCCGGAUAACCUCCACCCAGUUCGUGAACAUAGUGAUAGGGUUCCAGCAGCUAUACGACAUGGAUGUGGUGGACCGAAUCGUUACCCUUAUCGCGGGGGGCAGGAAGUAUGUGACGCCCAUGGAGUUCGUUAACUACAUGACCAUCCUGAUGACUCGCGACAUGGAGCGCAAAAUGAAGUUCGCCUAUAUGGUCUACGACAAAAAUGGCAUGGGCAUCAAUCGAGAGAUAAUUUCGUCGGCUGUCGAGAGGUUUUUUCCCGGCGACGAUGACGAGGUCAUCGAAAUGCGACUGGACAUGGUCGAUUUUCUACUCCUGAAAUUUGAUGAGGAUCAAGACGCCAUCAUCUCGUUUGAGGAGUACAGAACGAUCGUGGUGCAACAGCCGAGCAUGCUCGAGUUCCUGGGUCCCAUCUUUCCCACGGACGAGACGCGCCUGGUGGUGGCCUACUGCACGGCCAUAUACUCUCACAUCCCCGAAAUGGGCAUGAUAUAGGGUUGUAUGGGGUGUGGAAUGUUAGGGUAUGUGGCAGUGUGCCAGGACACCCCCGGUCGCAUAAAUCUUUCAGGCACAAAUAAAUCGAAAGCAAUGCAAAUCAGUGCGA